AUGUCUGGGCCAGAACCUACUCCUCUCUCAAUCUUGACCACCCCGAAACUGUUCUUUCUAGCGGGCAAAACCAUCAUAAUCAGUGGUGGUGGACGGGGAUUGGGUCUUUCAGUAGCCCGAGGAGUCCUUGAAGCCGGUGCAAAUGUAGCUGCAGUUGAUUUGCUACCCCUGUUCGAGAAGGUCUUUGAAGAUGCCUCUCCCAGCGCUCCCGUUCAUGACAUGUUCCUGGCUGCCGGAGUCCCCCCAAGCUUGACGGUCUUGGAUUCCAGCAUCGAAUAUUGGCGAAAAGUCUUUGAUGUCAAUACCGCCGGGUCUUUCCUGUGUUGCAAAGCUUUCGCCAAUGAGUGGUUGAGUCGAAACAAGACCAACGGAAACCCUGGAGUGGGCGGCGCAAGUAUUGUCUUGACGGCUAGUGUUGCCGGUCACAACGCAAAUCGACAAAUACCUUGUUCUGCUUAUUCCGCCAGUAAAACAGCUGUCAUACACAUGGCUAAGAGCUUUGCUGCUGAAUGGGGGAAGCUUGGGAUCAGAGUGAACGCUGUGUCACCCGGAUAUAUCAAGACAGUAAUGACCGCUGGGAUUGUAGCUGCUCGUCCUGGGUACGAAGAAGAUAUGGUCAACUCGACGUUGUUGGGCCGAGCUAGUACAGGAGACGAAUAUCGAGGACCGGCAGUGUUCUUGCUAUCUGAGGCAAGCUCUUUUGUCAUUGGUGCCGAUAUCGUAGUGGAUGGUGGUCACGCAGCUUAG